AUGGGGAGGGCGAAGGCAGAGUCAACGAAAGACGCACUUAAGGACAAGGAGUACAAGGACGGAAUCGACGACCUCGCGAAGGCCACUGUGGUGAAGCCUGGCGACUUGGACGAGAAGGCCGUCAAGUACUUGGACUUUGUCCAGGCGAACGGAGGCCGCGGCAACGAGGCGUGUGCUUACCUCAAGGGCGCUCUGGAAGGCAUGUCGCGCGACCACGUCUCAAACUGGAAGGCGUACGUCUACACGCUGCUCCGCGGAUUUGACGAGGAGGCCUACAAGCAGAUGAAAAUAUCCGAGGGCAAGAAAGUCAGGCCGGCACGAGCGAAGACAGAAAAGGACAAGGAGAAGAAGGACAAGUUCCCGACAAAGCAGUUCGAGUUCAACGCUGGGGCCGCGGAGUUCGUGCCGGGCCAGUCGUGGAGUGCGCCCCCGGGCGGGGAGAAGAAGGCGGACGAGGCCGAGGCGAAGGCCGAGGCGAAGUGA